AAAAAUUAAUCGCGGCCAGACUGGAAUCGGGUCGCACGCGCUGCGUGAGCAAGCAAAUCACGUUCUCUGGACGGCACAACCACCUAUAAUUGACAGUGCACGAUGCUGCGUUGCGUGCUCCUCAUCGCAUGCAGCAGCAGCGCCCUAGAGUUCAGAGUCCCAGCCCGCGACGGCUACAAGCUCUCCGUAAUAACCAGCAAAACCACAAAAACGGACGACGCCGUCCUGCUCCUCCACGGCCGAACAUGGAGCAGCGGCCCGGUGUGGCAGACGACGGGCGCGAUCGACACGUUGGGCCGGGCCGCCUAUGGCAUGGACUUUCGCGGCUUCGGAAGAACACAAAAACGCGCCGCCGACGGCUUGUUGAGGCCGUCUACGUGUGUGAAUGAUGUAUGUGAUGUACUGGCAGACUUACGAACGAAACACGAGAAAGUGCAUCUGCUCGGCUGGUCGUAUGGAGGUCUGGUCGCGCAGAAGGUCGCCGCUUCCACAGAUCUCGUCGAUAGAUUAGUAUUGUACAGCUCCGUCUGGGAUGAAACAGGAGACUACGCCGAUGAUGAAGGCCGGUUUAAAGCCUCGGUGCCGCGAGGACCACAAACACUAGAAGACUGCGCGUCGGACUUUAACCUACCUAACUCGAUCUCCGCGGCAGACUCCGAUGCAUUCGCUCGCGCGGCGCUGGCCGCGGACCCGCAGUGCGUCGACUGGACAGCUUUAUCUGAGUUCGCGGUGGAUCUUGGCGACGUCACGUGCCCCUGUUUGGUGAUUCACGGCGACCAGGACCCCUACGCUUCUCGAGAAACGCAGCGGGCUCUCUAUGAUGCGCUCGGGAGUUCGACCAAGCAACUCGUGGUCAUCGACGGGUCCGACCACGUCGCGCACGCGCUCACGCAACCCAAGGUCCAGUGGGCCGGGGCCAUCGGCGCCUUCCUCGACGCGUAGAUGGCAUCGACAUGUGUGGUGGGUCGCGGCGAUGGCGUCUGGGUGGCGCGAGGCGCCCUCGACGCGACGUCGCAUGGCGUCACGCGAUCGCCGCGAGGUGGACGCCAUCGCGGCAAUCGUUUUUAACCUUAAUCUGAAGUACAUUAGGA